AUGGAUGUGUUAGCACUAAGGACAGAUGCCGGACAUCGCCUUCUCACAUGGUACCACAGGACGCAGAACAGUAGAGAUCUCGACCAAUCCAUAAAGCACUUUGGAUCCGCCUUGGAUAUCUGCCCCACAGAUCAUCCCUGCCACACUGCCGCACUGUUCAAUCUAGCUACCGCAAAGUUUGUUAGUUGCCAAGCUGACGGAAGACACCUCGACCUCGACAUCCCUAUCAAUUUGUUCCAAGACGCCCUUGAUUUGCGUCCCGCUGAUCAUCCGGACCGAAGCAUCACCCAACUCCAUCUUGCCAUUGCUCUGCUUUCUCGCUUCAUGAAACGAGGAUUUCAAGCGGAAGCUUACACAGCUCAAGAAGAUGAACCCCGUGUCUUAGAUGAAGUGAUAUCCUUUCAUUAUGAUGCACUGGGAUACUACAAUUCUGGGCAUGCUUGCCGAGGGCAAUUGCUAGGUAAUCUGGCUGUAAUGCUGGAAACUCGCUUCGAACGUCGAGGCAAUGAGGAAGACUUGGAUCAAGCCAUCGCACUUCAGAGGGACGGACUGGCUUUGUGCCCGGUCGGUCACACAGAUUGGUCCUGGUCAUUAAACAACCUCGCGAAUGGACUCUCCUUCCGCUUUCAGCACCGAGGCAACGACGAAGACUUAGAUCAGGCUAUCGCACUUCACAUGGAAGCCCUGGCUCUGCGCCCGGUCGAUCACACAAAUCGGUCCAUAUCAUUAAAUAACCUUGCGACUCAAAUAUCAUCCCGCUUUAAGCACCGAGGCAAUGACAAAGACUUGGAUCAGGCUAUCGCACUUCACAGGGAAGCGCUGGCUUUGCGCCCGGUCGGUCACACAGAUUGGUCAUUGUCAUUAAGUAACCUGGCGGAUCAACUCUGUUCCCAAUUUGAGCACCGAGGCAACAAUGAAGACUUCGAUGAGGCUAUCGCACUUCACAGGGAAGUGCUGGCUUUGUGCCCGGUCGGUCAUACAGAUCGGUCGUCGUCAUUACGUAGCCUGGCGGAUGGACUCUCCCUCCGCUUUCAGCACCGAGGCAACAACAAAGACUUGGAUCAGGCUAUCGCACUUCACAUGGAAGCGCUAGCUCUGCGCGACACUUUCCCGCACAACACGCAGUAUUCCCGCGUGCGCGCCUUGCACGCUUUCUUGCGCUUAAGCGCACUAUGUCGCACAGCAUCCAGGAGCAUCCAUCCAUUGUCCAACCAGUCCCUCGGUAUGUCCCUUUUCGGCAGAGCUGAGACUCACUUAUACUGGCUGAGCACUUUUCUUAUAUGUGCCUGCCAGGUUGUGAUACCCACACCGGUCGGUCACACAGAUCGAUCCCACUCAUUAAAUAGCCUCGCAGCUCAACUCUCCUCCCACUUUGAGCACCGAGGCAACGACCGAGACUUGGAUCAGGCUAUCGCGCUUCACAGGGAAGCCCUGGCUUUGCGCCCGGUCGGUCACACAAAUCGGUCCCAGUCAUUAAAUAACCUCGCCAUUCAACUCUCUUAUCACUUUGAGCACCGAGGCAACGACGAAGACUUAGAUCAGGCUAUCGCACUUCACAGGGAAGCGCUGGCUUUGUGCCCAGUCGGUCACACAGAUCAGUUUAAGUCAUUAAAUAACCUCGCGACUCCACUCUCCAUCCACUUUGAGCACCGAGGCAACGAUGCAGACUUGGAUCAGGCUAUCGCACUUCAGAGGGAAGCAAUGGCUUUGCGCCCAGUCGGUCACAUAGGUCGGUCCAUAUCAUUAAAUAACCUUGCGAAUCAACUCUUCUUCUGCUUUCACCACCAAGGCAACGACGGAGAUUUGGAUGAGGUUAUCGCACUUAACAGGGACGUGCUGGAUUUGCGCCCUGUCAGUCACACAGAUCGGUCGGCGUCAUUAAAUAACCUCGCGAAUCAACUCUCCUCCCGCUUUAAGCACCAACACAAUAGAGAAGACCUCGACCAGUCACAAGACAACCUACGUUGUGCAUUGACUCUGUUGACGCAACAUGAUCCUCGUCAAUUGAAGGUCCACGAGUCGCUAGCUAAGGUCUAUCUAUCAUUCCAUCAUUCAGGGCUUGACGGCACCGGCGCGGGUGAAGAUGCCGAAAGUCUGAAUGCUGCCCUGCAUCAUCUCAAGGCAGCAGCAAAUGUUGUCUCUGCAGGUUUGCUACUCCGCCUGCGAGCAAGUCUGAGAUGGGUUCGCCAUGCUCGUCAAAAUUCACAUGGUACUGAGCUGGAGGCUUAUGCAUCUUCCAUGCAACUUCUGGACGCUUACAUGUCCACAACAGCUUCAGUAUCAUCUCGUCACAAUAUUAUGAAGGACUUCCCAAACACUCUUGCCGUGGAUGCUGCAUCGUGUGCUCUUCGUAGUGGUGACGUAUGUCAUGCUGUUGAGUUGUUGGAACAAGGCAGGACUAUCAUCUGGACCCAGAUGACGCGACUCCGCACGCCCCUUGACGACCUCCAGAUACACGGCGAUCACGCGGCGGCCCUGAUGAAGAAGUUCAGAGACCUCAGCUCCCUCCUCGAUAAACCUCCUGCAAACUAUCCAGAAGCAACCUCAAGAGUCGAUGUAGAAGCAGAAGAAACCCAGUACAGACGCUUAGUGAAGGACUGGAAUGGAGCUGUAGAAGAGAUUCGGAAGAUCGAGGGCUACUCUCGCUUCCUCCUCCCCCCCUUAUUCUCCGGCCUUCAAGAUGCAGCUCGUGAUGGGCCUAUCAUCGUGCUCAUCGCAAGCGAGUCGUCUUGCGAUGCCAUUAUUAUUAUGCACAAGCAACCUCCGACUAGCAUUCGACUCCCUACCAAUCAUGUGAAACUCCAGACAUUGGUAGUCACACUCCAGGAGGCAAUUGAUCAAGAGGCCGGUCCUAAAGGGAACCAACCAGCGCUCACAAAAGCUUUGAGGGAGUUGUGGGGCAAUGUGGUCCGCCCGGUAGUUGAGAACCUGGGCGGAUUUGCACCACGAGGUUCCCGAAUAUGGUGGUGCCCAACAUCUUUCUUCAAUUUCUUGCUGUUGCACGCUGCUGGCGAGUACAGGGUAAAUGGAGAGUCCCUUCCGCAGCAAUAUAUCUCUUCAUACACGCCAUCGCUCACCGCGCUGAUGAAGGCUCGCAGAAGGCAUGACAGGUGCCCGUCGGUACCCUUUGCUGCCAUUGGCCAGAAUCUCCCAGACGGCGCUUCAUUCACAUUGGAUGGUGUGGAGCCUGAGCUAGAGUUGGUGCGGAGUCUUUUACCCCCUUCCCCGGAGGUUUCCUUCACCAAGAUAACGAGUGUUGAUGCAACGAAAUCGAGAGCACUACGUGCAUUGCGAGACAAUACUUGGCUCCAUCUCUCGUGCCAUGGGACACAGAAAUUUGAUGAACCCUUCAAUUCAGCCUUUCUCAUGUGCGACCAACCGCUUUCACUCCUCGAUAUCACACAGAUGGAUCUCUCUCGGCAUCAAUUUGCAUUUCUUUCUGCCUGUGAAACCGCAGUCGGUGUCCCUGCAACGCCCGACGAAGUGAUACACUUAGCGGCUGGCCUGCAAUUCGCUGGGGUUAAGAGUGUUGUUGGGACAUUAUGGAAGGUCAACGAUAAUACUGUGCAAUGCUUAGUCGAGGCAUUCUACAAAGACUUGUGCGGGGAUGGCAAAAUGAAUUCCAAACGAGCUGCCCGAGCACUGCACCAAGCGGUUCACUCGUUGGCUCGCAACAAGGACAUGCCCUUGGACCAGCGCAUAGUGUUCAUGCAUAUUGGUGUAUGA